AUGGCCAAUGCACAACGUCAGCAACAAGCGCCGCCCAGACAAGACCUUCAAACGCCCAACUUUGACGAUGUCGAUGGCGAUACCGAUAGCCUUGGCGGUGGCGAGAGUUUCGAAAGCUUUGCCGGCAGCAGUAGCGAGGGGGAUGAAGUGCAGCGAAAUAUCAAGCAGAUAGUGGGACGUCAGCUGAGCAGCGCUGUUGUGGAGCCGCUAGCGGCUGCUGUGCCACUUCUCCUUAAUCGCCGACCGGCGAUUGUGGCGCCAGCGGUGCGAGGUCCGGUGUCCAGCGAUGAGUCCGAAGAAUCUAGUGAGGAGGAGGAGGAGUCCGACUAUAAUCCCUGGCGGGAUAAUUUCUAUGAUCUGCUUCCGGAUGGCAGCUACGUUUAUGGUUACUCGCUGCCAAAUGGCGUGCGUCGCUAUGAACGCAGCUUCUAUUCGGAGGAGCUGGAUGGUCAGGUCGUUGAGGGCUUCUAUACGCAGCCGCGCCAACUGGGGCACGGUCUGAAGUAUGAGCUGCGCUGCUAUCGAUCCGAUAUUAAUGGCUAUAAGGCCUUGCCAGUGGAGUUUUUGAGACGCCCGCCACGGGUGGAACGCGAUGAGAGGCCCGAUGUCGAUUGUUUCGAUAAGUAA